UUAACUUACAAGCCAUUUAAUGAGCUUAGUGAGUCAUACCCAGAACUGACAAAUGAUGACUUUUUACUGGGAUUUGUGACUGAAGCACAGAAAGAAUUUCUUUUGAAAUAUGGUGGUGAUGUUAUUUGUAUGAAUGGCACUCAUGGAACCAAUGCACAAGGUCUUGAACUUGUAACAGUCCUUGUUUUAGAUGACUUGAGACAAGGAUUUCCUUGUGCUUUUUUAUUUACAAAGCGAGUUGAUAAGCAAUUUAUUAAAAUUUUUCUUAAUGAAAUAAAACAAAGGUUAGGAGAGCCACUUUCUUGCAAUGUUUUCAUGUCUGAUAUGGCAGAAUGUUUCUUCAAUGGAUGGUGCGAGUCUAUGUUGCCACCAGUUCACAGGUUGUACUGCACUUGGCAUGUAGACCGGGCAUGGAGAAAGAACCUUAAAAAAAUCAAUGGUAUGGAAAAGCAGGUGGAAGUAUAUAAAAUGUUAAGAACUCUUCUUGAAGAAAGAGAUGUAAUCGCAUUUGAGGAAAUGCUUAGUGCUGCAUUAAAUAAGCUCUCUUCUGAUAUCGACACCAAAGAGUUCCACGAUUACUUUGAACGAGAGUAUGUAAAAGUGAAGAAUUCGUGGGCGUUCUGUUAUCGCCUGAGUGCAGGAGUGAACACUAACAUGCAUAUCGAGCGAAUGCAUAAGAGCAUUAAGUAUAUGUAUUUAAAUGGUAAAUAUAACAAGAGACUGGACAAGGCUAUACAAGCUCUAAUGAAGUUUUUGCGGGACAAGCUUGUUGAUCGCUUGAUUGUUAUACAUAAAGGCAAACAAUCAUCUAAAUUGAAAGAUAUUGCUAGUAGGCAUGAGACGAGUUUGUCUUUGUCUUUGGAUGACUGCACAAGAAGUUCUGAUGAAGACUGUUUUUUGAUCAAGUCUGCUUCAUCAUCAGAAGUGUAUGUUGUGCAAGUAAACAAAGAAGAUUGCCAAUGUAGAUUAACUUGCGUUGGUUGCAAUAAAUGUCUACAUGCAUAUUCUUGCACUUGCAUAGACUAUUCAAUUAAAUGGAAUAUGUGCAAACACAUUCAUCUUGUUUGCCGUUUCAAUGAAAAUGGUGUGUCCAAAAUUGAUCAGCAGCUGAAUUCGACAGAACCUAACCUCGAGAUAGAUUUCUCAAAAGCCGACGAUGAGAGUGAAUGUGCUACAAUUUUAUCUUCUUUUAAUAAAUCAGAUAAAUCUGUGGGUUUUUCUCUUGAUGAAGAAAAGCAUAAGGUUAAAAUUGAACUUAAUCAUUUAAUUGAUAGCAUCACAAGUAGGGAACAAUUAGAUGUCUUUAAAAAGAUGCUAAUCUCAGCUAAGCCAACCAUUAAAGCUCUUGAACAUGCAGAUGUUUCCAGCUGCUCCUUCCCAACUUUGUGUGCCACUACAUCUUCUAAUAAAAAUAUUGUGCCUCAAGCAUCUUAUACCUCUUCAAAGAAAUCCCAUUCAAAAUCAAAACCUUCCAUUUCAAAGCCUACUCCUGAAGAAGCUCAGAAAAUAGCUAUUUCUCUUCUUCACUCUAAUGACAAAGGGGAUAUUUAAUUCAAUAGGAAUACUGUUUUGGAGCACCUGUUCGAAGUCUUAUCCCCCA